ACCGGUUUGCCAUGGCGCCGCUGCUGUCCGCCGAGCAGCGAGCGGUCUAGUGAUUCUAUACGUCAUUGAUCCAUUUGUUGGAUCAACAGUUCCAUUUGGUGAAUCACUUCCGGGUCGCGCCGGCGUUUCCGCCGCCCCACACCGGGCCGCCGUCCUUCUCUUUCCGCUCCGGGAGCAGCAUAGAGCCAUCACCGCACCGACAUGCUGUCAGUUCGCGUCGCAGCGGCUCUAGCCCGCACCUUGCCCCGAAGAGCCGGAUUUGUGUCCAGACAUGUUGCUGCGGCGGCGGUCGGAGCCAGGAGUCUGCACACAGCUCGGCCAUGGCUGCAGAAAACCGGCACCGCCGAGGUGUCGUCCAUCCUGGAGGAGAAGAUCAUGGGAGCCGACACCAGCGCCGACCUGGAGGAGACCGGCCGCGUUCUGUCCAUCGGAGACGGCAUCGCUCGGGUGUACGGCCUGAGGAACGUGCAGGCGGAAGAGAUGGUGGAGUUCUCGUCUGGCCUGAAGGGCAUGUCUCUCAACCUGGAGCCCGAUAACGUGGGCGUCGUGGUGUUCGGUAACGACAAGCUGAUCAAAGAGGGCGACAUCGUGAAGAGGACCGGCGCCAUCGUGGACGUGCCCGUGGGCGAGGAGCUGCUGGGCCGCGUGGUCGACGCUCUGGGAAACGCCAUCGAUGGAAAGGGCCCGCUGGGCUCCACGGUGCGCCGGCGCGUGGGCCUGAAGGCCCCCGGCAUCAUCCCCCGCAUCUCCGUGAGGGAGCCCAUGCAGACCGGCAUCAAGGCCGUGGACAGCCUGGUGCCGAUUGGCCGCGGCCAGCGCGAGCUGAUCAUCGGAGAUCGGCAGACCGGCAAAACCGCCAUCGCCAUCGACACCAUCAUCAACCAGAAGCGCUUCAACGACGGCACUGACGAGAAGAAGAAGCUGUACUGCAUCUACGUGGCCAUCGGCCAGAAGCGCUCCACCGUGGCCCAGCUGGUCAAGAGGCUGACGGACGCCGACGCCAUGAAGUACACCAUCGUGGUGUCAGCCACGGCCUCGGACGCCGCCCCCCUGCAGUACCUGGCGCCGUACUCCGGCUGCUCCAUGGGAGAGUACUUCAGAGACAACGGCAAGCACGCCCUCAUCAUCUACGACGACCUGUCCAAGCAGGCCGUGGCGUACCGCCAGAUGUCCCUGCUGCUGCGGCGCCCGCCGGGCCGCGAGGCGUACCCCGGAGACGUCUUCUACCUGCACUCCCGGCUGCUGGAGCGCGCCGCCAAGAUGAACGACAACUUCGGCGGCGGCUCGCUCACCGCCCUGCCCGUCAUCGAGACGCAGGCGGGCGACGUGUCGGCCUACAUCCCCACCAACGUCAUCUCCAUCACGGACGGACAGAUCUUCUUGGAGACGGAGCUGUUCUACAAAGGCAUCCGUCCGGCCAUCAACGUGGGUCUGUCGGUGUCUCGAGUGGGAUCUGCGGCCCAGACCAGGGCCAUGAAGCAGGUGGCCGGGACCAUGAAGCUGGAGCUGGCCCAGUACCGCGAGGUGGCGGCCUUCGCUCAGUUCGGCUCCGACCUGGACGCCGCCACGCAGCAGCUGCUGAACCGGGGAGUCCGGCUGACCGAGCUGCUGAAGCAGGGGCAGUACUCCCCCAUGGCCAUCGAGGAGCAGGUGACCGUCAUCUACGCCGGCGUGAGGGGACACCUGGACAAGAUGGAGCCCAGCAAGAUCACCAAGUUUGAGGCGGCGUUCCUUCAGCACAUCCUGAGCCAGCACCAGGACCUGCUGGCUGCCAUCAGAGCUGAUGGGAAAAUCUCUGAAGCGUCCGACGCCAAACUGAAGCAGAUCGUCCUGACCUUCCUGUCCAGCUUCGAGUAGUCUGCGUUCCAGUCGUACUUCCUGUGAACGGAUACCAUUCAAGCGGCCCUUGAUCUUCACUGUACAGAGAAUAAAUCAUCUUCUCGCCGCUGCUCUGUCCUCGGUGUCUUCUCUCCACGUCCCUGGCUCGGCUGGAAGGCCCCGGACCCGCCGGGCUCAGUUACGGAGAAUACCGCCAUCAAUCAUCAGGUUCUUUAUUAAAAUAUUAA